GACGCAACCUUGCAAGGGCUUAUGGGGAAUUAUUUUCAAAAGUGAGGACAACUAGUAGUAACUACGAGAAAUCCUCACUAUCACUGUUCCUUAUUAGUUUUGUUAUAGAUGUAUAAUGGAUAUAACCCUGGCCACCUCCAACUUUACAGAGAUUGAUUUGUUGCCAGGAGUGCACCUGGUUGACUUGGGGUACGGGAAUAAUAUAGUCUUGUUAGGUAAUGAUUCUGACAAAGUGGAAAGUCUUUUGAACGCCUUGAGCAGAAAUUUGAGAAUGUCUGGCAUGAGUUUUGCACGUGUUAGAUAUGAAAUGAUGCUUCACGACUGGUUUUCACCGACUCCCAGUUUAAAGAUAGAAAGUGAAGUGGUAGAACGUGUUGACCGUUUUGCUUGGGAAGUUGCAUCAACCGAAAUGAGCUGAUUGCUGACGAAAUCUCAGCCCAGAUACAGAAGGUUCAUUUGACACUCACCAACUUAUGUCCCCUCUAGCACUGAUUGGCGAGAUUUCCGACUACCUAUUAAAAGAUGAACAUACUGCCUUGCAGUCUGCUCUGUCCUACUAUACGGCAGAGAAGGCCUCGGAAAACAGAAAUGAAGAGAUCAUCAGUUAUUCAUCACAGAUGUCUUUGUAACAUUUU